AAAGCCUUAACACAGCAUAGGCUAAUGAACUGCACCUGAGCUUCUGUGGGUGACUCCUCAAAAUGGAUCAUCUGUGCAGCAAGUGUCUGUGCCUUGCAUCUCCACAAGAAGGGUGCAUUGAAGAAUCAGGGGUCGCUCACGCAGCAAUGAACCCUUGCCAGCUUUUGGCAUCGUUGGUGAUGUCUAUGUGCUGUCACAUACUGUCGACAACAGCAUGGUCGGUGAAUAACUUCCUGAUGACAGGACCAAAGGCUUACCUUACAUACACCAGCAGUGUGCAGGCUGGGGCUCAGAGUGGUAUUGAAGAGUGUAAACAUCAGUUCGCAUGGGACAGGUGGAACUGUCCGGAAAGCGCACUGCAGUUAUCUACACAUAACGGUCUGCGAAGUGCCACCAGAGAGACCGCUUUUGUGCAUGCCAUAAGUGCUGCUGGAGUUAUGUACACUUUGACAAAGAACUGUAGCAUGGGGGACUUCGAUAACUGUGGCUGUGACGACUCCAAGAUAGGAAAAAUGGGUGGUCGUGGUUGGGUUUGGGGAGGCUGCAGUGACAAUGUUGACUUUGGAGAAAGAAUCGCUAAAAAAUUUGUGGACGCGCUGGAAAAUGGUCACGACUCUCGCGCUGCAGUCAACCUGCACAACAACGAAGCUGGUCGACUUGCUGUCAAAGCAACUCUCAAAAGGACCUGUAAGUGUCAUGGUGUAUCUGGAAGCUGCAGUAUUCAGACAUGUUGGCUGCAGCUGGCUGACUUCAGAGAUAUCGGUAACUAUCUGAAAAUCAAACACGAUCAAGCACAGAAGCUGGAGAUGGACAAAAUUCGGAUGAGGGCUGGUAACAGCGCGGACAAUCGCGGCGCAAUCGCGGACACGUUCAGCACCGUUGCGCGCACAGAACUCAUUUAUAUGGAAGAUGCUCCAGACUACUGCGUGAAAAACCUCAGCCUGGGACAACAUGGAACAGAAGGCAGGGAAUGCCUACAAAGCGGAAAGAAUCUUUCUCAGUGGGAGAAGAGAAGCUGCAGGCGGCUCUGCCACGAAUGUGGUCUGAAAGUUGAAGAGAGGAGGAUGGAGACUGUGAGCAGCUGUAACUGUAAAUUUCACUGGUGUUGCACAGUCAAAUGCGAAACAUGCACUCAGACUGUGACCAAGUAUUUUUGCACAAAAAGGCACAAAAACCGUCGGACGCACAACAAUUCACGAAGAAGACAGCAUGCGCGUAAUAGAUAAACUAAUCUUUGCAAAUAUAUUAACUUGUAUAUUUCCAAUGUAAAUAUAUUUUAUAUGAGAUUUUAAGAUAUGCAGCUUUUUCUUUUACUGUUUAUUAUUCUGCACAUUGCUAUAAGGAGAAAUGUCAAUUCGAACCCUUAUAUUAGACACGCUUUCUCGUUCCCACUGUCAACUGAAUUGGUCACUUACUAAGUUCUAAUUUCACAUAGACCUAAGUUCAUUGUUUGCACUUUUUCGUUAUCGACAUUAGAUCACAGAUUUGGUUACUUACAAUUAUGUUCAAAAGUUGUUUUGAAUAUUUGCACCAUGUUUUUUUCUCGCACAGAUCACUUGACAGUGUGUAAUGUUUCACAAGGGGCUUGAAGUGUUGUGUUUUUAUGGAACUUAUUUAAGGCAAUUAUUUUUUAACUAUCACAUUGUGUUUAUAUGUAUUAAAUGGACUUAUUUUGUCGUGGGAAGCACAUUAAAUAUUUAAAACUAAA